AUGUCAAGCGUACAUGUUAAGUUUGCCGAUGAUCUGUUCAGUACUAUUGUCAAAGACGAAAUUUACGAAUUCAUCAAUUUACCACAAAUCAGCGAAAUUUCGUUUACUGCCGAUGCGUCUCGUUUACAAACACAUCAAAGAGAAUUACAAGGCAAUUAUGCAAGUGAUCGCUUAUCCGAAGAAACUGGAAGAGAAUAUUUUGAUCAUGAAUCAAUGUCUGUGGAAUUCUCGAACUGA